AUGAUUACUACUUCUGUAGGCGAGGUGUUGUUCUGGGGAAAAUUUGGUUUACAAAUCAUCCAUUUCUAUGUAAAGCCACAGUUAUCAAACUAUCGCAAGAACCUUGAUUAUUUUAGUAAGUUUGGGUUUUCUAGGUACAUUCUGAUACGCCAUCCCAAUCUAUAUCCCCGCGUAUACACCCGGGGAAGCGUGCUCCUUAUGUGUCUGAUUGUUUGGAUCGUGAUGUUUGGAGUUACUGUGCCCAAUCACGUAGACGUUGGAUGGGGCUCGCUCGGCUUCUCCGAUAUCCUCUUCGUCUGCACCUUCGCCACCGAUCAUUAUCGCUACACCCUCUUUCUCAUAACAUGCACCAUAUUUUUCCCGGCCAUAUUAACCUUUAUCGCCUAUUACGGUAUCUACCGGCAGGUGCGGAUGAGCCGUAUCCGGGUGCUGACCGGGAAACCGGGGAAGUUCUUUAGAAAGGAUAUUCGGAUCGUAAAGUCCUUGUUCAAGACCUAUGUCGCGUAUUUGUUGCUAAUUUUGCCCUUUGGUGUGAUUAUGUUGGUUAACCUGGGACCGCAGUUGCCGCAUAUUUGGUAUAUGCUGUCGCUGCUGCUGUUCCACGGCGUGGGGACGGCCAACUGUUUUCUGUAUGCCGUGCGGUUGGGGAAGUUCUGGGAUGGAUUGCGGUUGAUGUUUCGACUGCCGGUGAAGAGUGAGAGCAGCACGACAAGUGGACCAUUAUCCACGGCGUCGCACCGGGUCCCCACGACAGCAUCUUCCAGACGCUAUUAUCGAUAG